UUUGAUCUUGGACAUUUGCAUUUUUUUUUAUAAAUUGCAAAGAUAAAUUUUAAUAUUUUGUGAUUCUAACCAAAAUUGGAUAAUGUUGGAAAAAUUUGUAAUGUCCGAAACUGUUAGUAGACGUUGCAGAAACCGAACAUUGCUAUUUAUAUUUUCUAUAAUAGUUUUCCACCGCAGUUUAACAGAUGCUACAAAAUACGGUAACAGUAGUAAUCCUUCUACAAUACAAAAAGUUUUACUAACGCUAGUUGUCGUUGAAAAACCUCGUUUGCAAAAUUUCAAUGUGUAUCUUGCAAGAACUGGCAAACCAUUUGAGCCAUCUCAAAUUGCAUCGCCACAACCUUAUAAUGCUUCUGAAAUGAUACUCAAAUUUGAAAAAUCCAAAAGUGAAAUUCUGAAUGAUUUAAACAUUUCAAAUCAGAACGAUACCCGUCCAAAGCGAAGUGUAUUUGGCUUGUUCAACAUGAUCAGUUGUGCGACGGGAUGCAACCCCUUAACUUAUAAAAAAUACGGGUGUUACUGUGGAUUUCUAGGCUCUGGAAUUGCUGUUGAUGGAAUAGAUAAGUGUUGUCAGCAUCACGAUUGGUGUUAUUCGGCAGCUGAUUGUCCAAUGUGGUCUGAAUAUUUUAUCCCUUAUUAUUGGAUUUGUCACCGCAAUGAACCGCUAUGUGGUACGAUUAUUGCUAUAACUGUAGAAAUAUUAAAUCGUAAGCACGAAUUUGCGUUUACACUCAGACGUAGCUACUCCAAAUUUAGCUUAAGUUGAGUGUGCUGUAGUUGGGAUGAUCAAAAUUGGCAUAAUUCGCAGUAAAACUGUCUCAUUUACUUUCUUCUUUCUACUUACUAAUUAGACCAGAGUUAUUUCUG